UAGUAACUCACAUAGAUUAUACACUUAAUUUAUUUGAGAGUAACUCACUUUCAAAGUAGCCACAAAUUAAUAAUUGUGCAACAUUUUAAUUAGUUGUUUUAUUUCAAAGGACAUCGGCGAAGGCAAAAUCAUGUUUCCUAAUCAACAAUUUCCACCAAACGUUGGAUUUAACAACCUAACUCCUCAAUCAUUCAGCAAUACAAUGAACAUGCAAGGCUCUCCAGCUAUGAGAAACCCUCAAGUACCCGGACAGGGCUAUCCACUACCUGCUCAAUCUGCCUAUCCUCAGCCUGGUUAUCCUAUUCAGCAGAAUCAAGGCUAUCCACAAAGUACUGCUCAAUACCCGACACAGGGUGUUCCAUACCCUACUCACCAGAGUCAAGGCUAUCCACAAAGUACUGCUCAAUACCCGACACAGGGUGUUCCAUACCCUAAUCACCAGAGUCAAGGUUAUCCACAAAGCACUGCUCAAUAUCCGACACAGGGUUUUCCACAACAUGCACAAUCUGCGUAUCCUCAAUCAUCUCAGCCUCAAACUGAUCAUGGAUUUAGAUCACAUCCGGGUUCGAUUUAUGGGAAUCAGAGUCACCCACCUAAUCAAUUCGGAAUUAACCAAUCCAGACCAGUGCCUGUUGUGCCGAAGUCGAGACCGACUGUCUUCCCUGUAAACCCAUUCAAUCCUCGCGAGGAUGCUGGAGUCCUUCGCAAGGCCAUGAAAGGUUUUGGAACCGAUGAGAAGUCUAUUAUCCAAGUACUGACGAAGCGUUCGAAUGAGCAGCGUCUACGCAUCGCUUUAGAGUUCAAGACGUUGUAUGGAAAGGAUUUGAUAUCGGAUAUUAAGAGCGAAACGAGUGGAAAAUUUGAAGACCUUUUAAUUGCGUUGCUCACUCCACUGCCGAAGUUCUACGCUAAAGAACUUCACGAGGCCAUGGUCGGGAUCGGUACCGACGAAGGCGUCCUCAUCGAAGUAAUGUGCACUAUGUCCAACUAUGAGAUCCACAGCAUCGAACAAGCAUACACAGCAAUUUAUGGUAAGAUCCUUGAAGACGAUAUACGCGGUGACACAUCGGGAAAUUUCAAUCGUCUGAUGACAUCCCUUUGCGUGGGAAAUCGAUCUGAAGAUUUCACGGUCGAUCAAAAUAGGGCACGUGACGACGCCAGAAAACUACUUCAAGCUGGUGAACUUCGGAUGGGCACCGAUGAAUCGACGUUCAACAUGAUCCUGUGCUCUCGCUCGUACCCUCAGCUGGCGGCCAUCUUCCAGGAGUACGAAUACUUGACCGGACACGAGAUCGAGCACGCCAUCAAGUCUGAGUUCUCGGGGGACAUCGAGAAGGCCCUCUUGACUAUCGUGAAAGUGGUCCGCAACAAGCCGCUGUACUUCGCGGAGCGUCUCCACAAAUCGAUGAAGGGCCUCGGAACGAACGACAAACAGCUCAUUCGCAUAAUGGUGACCCGCUGCGAGGUCGACCUGGGCGACAUCGUCGAAGCCUUCCAGACGAAAUACGGUGAAACAUUGCAGAGCUGGAUCGAGGGAGACUGCUCCGGUCACUACAAGAAAUGCCUGUUAGGUCUUCUGGGUGCAUAUUGAAUGUAAAUGCUUCAUCACAAAACAAAUUUUUAAUUUAUAACCCUAUAUUAAAACGCGUAAUAUUCUGUGCUAAAAACUAAAUGCAAUUAUAAAUUAAUAUUUUAAAACGAUUAAAUCGUUUAUGAUCUUAUUUAGAUCUGAUUUUUUGUAAUUUUGUGAUUUUCUUCAAUAAAACUGUUGUAACAGCUCAAAAUAUAAAAUAUAUCUGUAACUGUACAACGAAUCUCGAUCGUAUGCCACAUACAGAAGCUCAUACAUGUUGAGCUCACUUUUUGUAGUGUAACAUUGAUCUGUACAACAAGAAAAAUGCUUUGAAGUCGAUAAGAGUUAAGAAGAUCGAUUGAUUUAUAAUAAUCUAAAAUUUGUUUAUAGUUGUUGCAAAAUACUGCGCGCCGCCCUUAUUUGUGUGAGUGACCAAUCUGUAUACGUGUCAAUGUGGGCUACAUAUAUGUAGCUAAAGCUGUCCACUGACAGCUUAGUCGGGUACACACACUAACGAAAAUUUGUAUUUACGAUUACAACUACAAAUAAAGGCCACGCGCGCUCAUACUUUGCAACAACUAUACAAUAGUAUUACAGAAUUGGCCUAUUUAAUGUGCUCAAAACGACUCCCGAAUUGAUUGAUCUUAAUCCCACUUCACCGUCAAAAUAUAAACGGCGGGAGAAAGCGGAAAUGUCGUAACUUGCAUUUUGGGCUAAACGACUUUGUAUCUUAUUGUAUUACACAUAUGGCUCUAGUACAAAAUUGGGAUUUUCAAGUUACGACAAUUCCGCUUUCUAUUAUGAUUGAAUAUGAUGAUUUCAAAAAGCACUGAAUGAAAAAAGGAAUUAUUAAUUACCUUUAUAUGAGUAUGCCAUUAAAUACAGGCAUUUUCUAAGUAAUAAUAACCUAUCUAUCAAGAAAUUUACGUUUACCGAAUUAUUAGAACAACGCGAGUGUCACAAGAGACUAUUUGAUUUAACCCGCUCCUUUAUUUUAAUAUUUUUCUAGUAAGAAAAAAACCUAUUAUAUUUUCGAUGCAUAUAUAAUAAUAUAUUUUGAUUUAAAAUGUUUGUUCAUAAAAAAAGUUAUGAUCUGCUGAUAAUUAAAUCUCAUUGUAAAAACAUUGACUAGCACCCAUAUUGUUUUUUUUUUAUAUAAUAUACACUUUUGUAAUGUCAAAAUGAAUAUGGUGCCUUGCUAUAAAUUUAAUUGUGCCUGAAAUGAUCUAUAUAUUUUUGAAUUAUAUAAGGAAUGAUGCCCCAACUAUGUCCAUGAAUCUAUUUUAGUUAUAAGUGCCUAAAUAUUUGUAUUGCCUUAAGGUAUUUCUAGAGGGGAGGUUCGACCUAAUUCAAGCAAAUAUCGCUUUCAUACGAGUUCGUAUAUAUUUUUUUACUUUUACGCUGGUGGUCGGACUACUUUUCAGCAUACUUUUACUUAGCUUCUGUUUAAAUUUUUAUGCUGAAUUUAUUGUCUAGUUAUAUAAUAUUUAUAAUAAGAAUUUCUAUGAAACAAUCACAAUUUGAAAAUGCGAUUUCAUUAAUCGACCUUAUGCAUCUUAUUUUAAGAAAUGUUUGAUAAAAAUAUUCAUAGUAAUGUUUGGUGAAUUAUAUAGAAAAACGAUUUCCUCUUGGUCUUAUGAUUACGCCAAAAAACAUGAAGAAAUUCAUAACAUGAUUUGAUUUGAUUGACGAUUUUGAAGUUAUUUACUUUGUAUUAACAAAAGUUUAGUAAUAGUUUUAUUCGCAUUUACAACUUCAUUUUAAGUACACACCUAUAAUAAGAAAUUAAACUUUAGCUUAAAAUCACAAAUUUGAAUAAUGUCGUACUAAAAAUAAAUUAUUAUUCCAUUUCGAUUAAAUAAAAAAUAAUAUUAAAUACACGAUUCAGUGAUUAUCAUUUAAUUUUAAUUAGAAUUAAUAAAACCCACCAUUUGCUUUGUUUGCGAAUUCUAUGUAAACAUUUUUAAAAGCACUUGUGUAAAUAGUACAAGUGUCGAUCAACAGAUGUCGCUUUUAUAAAAGUUUACAUUUUCUGUAAGUCUGAUUUAAAAAAAAAAGUUAUAUUCGAAUUAAAACUGAAUUUGUCAAAAGCUAAGCGGUUGUAAAGAUCCGAAUAAUUUCGCCAAUUUAAAUUUUAUAAUGUCUUUUAAAUGUAUUUUAUCGUAAUAAAAAAAACUAGAUGUA